UAUCUCAUUGCACCCAAAGUGGUAGCCGGUCGUCGUAUGCAGCUCUCAUGGCUUAUCUGGAUCGCAACAAAAUGUGCCGGAAGCAGACGGAGACAUGAGAACGAUAGCGAUCAAAAUAGACAAACAUUAGAGAACCGUACCAGAACGCAUCACACACAGUGAUCAGUGAAAAGGCUUUUUCUGGUAAAAAAAAAAAAAAAAAACGAUCUUGUCUGCAAUUAGCAAAAGAUAGUGGUGAUUUAACCAAGUUCUUCGUAUAAAUUCAACGCUCGCACAAGACGCCCAAAGGCGACACAUCAAGUAUCGUCUCGAGCCCGGGUUGAUGGAUUUCCAAUGAAGAUCGCUUAUUGAACAAUCCAUCCGCGCGGAUUUAAACCACUGAGCACUUCUGAUUAAAAUGAACCGAUUCUAACCCGCUGAUUCGAUCUCACUAGUACAAAAAAUAGUGACAAUCACUAUAGCACUGUAAGUAUGAUGCUCGGAUCAAUCGUCAUAAGUGCUUGCAGCGUAAAGUCGUCCUGAACGUUAGACCUGUUGUGAAUUUUUCGGAAAGCUCAUCCCUCUCCUACGACUUGUUUCUUUGCUAUCGCCAACCUUUUUUGCAUCUUUACAAUAGCUUUGAUUGUGUCACUUUAAUGAGAGCGGGACAAUCAUCAGCCUAAAAGAAGAAGGCUGGUAAUACGUCAGGUGCAAACUAAUUCGGAUACCCUCGUGUCGCAAGCUAUUUGUGCAAGACGUCUCGGUUACCGAUCGCAAUACGUUCUCUGGCAGUUAGCAAGCAAUUAGUUUCGUUGUCAAAACAGUGGAGAGAAAGCGUCGUAGAGCGGAGAGAUGAACUAAAGGGAGACGCGCGACCACGUACACUCACAGGCGACAGCGGUACCCGCGUCAGCAGCAACCGGCAUUUGCCAACCGCGACGAUAAAACUGCGACUGGCCACUGCCGCCUGUCGCUGGCCUCGUGAAGACAUUCUCCAGUUAUACCAAGGCUUUUUUUCUAGAUGGUGUCCGAGACAGUCGCAGACGAAUACGGCAGGCUAUCAUCUAUUGAUUUCUAUGUUUCUAUUUCCGUCGCCGAUUCGUAGUAUGGAGUUGCUAUUAGUUUCAGUUCAUCCAAAUCACGUGCGCGCCUGCCGUUACCGAUACUUAAGCUGAUAGUAAACGCCUCGACAUGUUUGAAUGACGGGGCCAGUCAGUUACGACAUCCCGUGUUCGCGACCGGCACUGCUGUUUUUUUCUGUUUGUUUGCCUUUUCCCUUCUUUCAUCUUCAUUUUUCUACUACUCGAAGUGCCAUAUGUUGUAUAGCAGCAGAACCGUCGUAGAGGGUGGCAACUAUACGGCGGCUGUCGUGUAGGGGCAACGGUGUACGAUGAUCGUGAGGCUCUAAGAGCGACCCCUGAGCUGGGACAUAUCCAACCCAUCUGUUUGUAUGCUUGCAUUUAUUCCAGUAAAUAAGGUACACAAGAAUUACACAUUUGGCUGCUUGCAGUGCCGUGGCUUCCUGCUGAACUCAGUCGGGAAAAUUUUGUGAGGUGUGAAGAAACGGACGAGCUAGUGUUGAAAUUCACGUCGAUAGCAAUCGAAAGAGGUGAUCACAGCGUAGAGACGACAAGAUGGAGAACGCAUAUCAAGACACAAAAAGAUCUUGGUUGAUAGCAUGCGCCUGUGCAUGGAACUUUUUCUGGCUGACGAUCGUCAAUCGGUCAGCCGGUGUAAUGUUUAUCUGCUAUCAAAGAGAAUUCAACAUUAACCGGCAAGACGCCUCCUGGGCAUUCUCGUUAAUGGAUACCGUUAGCAGCUUUACAGUGAUUCUAUGCAGCAUAUUGUACCGCUAUGUGGACACACGGCCUAUCUCAGCGAUGGGGGUCCUUCUGGUAGCUUUCGGCUUUUUGCUCUGCUGUCUCGUUUAUCACGUAACGGUAGUUACAAUUGUGCUCGGUGUCGUCGUAGGCCUCGGCCAAGGCAUGAUGUACUUCUCCAACGCUAUCAUUAUCAAUCAAUAUUUUCUAAAAAACCGGGUGUCCGGCAACGGUAUCUACUUUGCUGGCGGAACGUUGGGUUCGUUCUUUAUUCCGCCUGUUCUUUUCAGGAUUGUCAACUGGUGCGGUCUGCGCUAUACCUUCCUAAUACUCGGCGGACUAGCUUGCAAUGGAUGGGCCGCUUCGAUUCUCCUUAAGAGUCCUCUUACUAUGAUGAAGGAAAAACAGCGCGCCAAAGAAAAAGCGCUUGAAAGCGCCAGGGUUCCAGCGCCAGAGGAAAUCCGUUCCAUGCCGCGACCUCCACCCCCAUACGAAGAAGCUGCAACUAUGAAUGGCUCAGCAACGAAGGGACCUUUUCCAUUGGUUGCAGCGUCCAUGAACACUGCCACCCCUCAGGAGGAAACAUACGCGAUGGAAGAAAGUGACUUAAUAGAGCGUCUUUACCGAGUAGUCAACCAAUUUAAAUUCCUUCUGAAGCCAAUCUAUUCAAUGAUUAUUCUCUCUGGCAUAGCAUUUUCCUUUUCCUUUGUUAUCUUUCCUGUGACAGCCGUUGACUUUGUCGAAGAGAAAGAGUACAGCCACAGCACAUCUGCUUUGAUCCUAACAACCUUCUCAAUUGGAGAUAUCUCUGGACGACUUCUCAUCGGAUCAAUUUCCGAUCGUCGCUACUUAGAGCGAGAUACCAUGAUGUCGUGCAUCUAUCUGGUAUGGGCCCUCGGGUGGACAUUAUUCCCGCUGUGCAAAACUUUCGAACAAUUAGUGCCCGCAUCUGUCCUUCUGGGCUUCGGUAUCGGCUGUGGCACACCGCUUUAUACUGUGUUAUUGGCCGACUAUCUGGGUGUUGAGACAAUGCCACUGACUUUUGGGGUCUACCGUAUGAUUCUAGGCAUAGUAUCGCUGGCCCGGCCAUAUUGUAUCGGUUAUUUUAGGGACCAUCUUCGCUCCUACUCAACCCUAUAUUUCUCGUUGUCUGGCUACGCCUUUCUCAUUUCAUUGUUGUGGGCAGUGCAUGCACUUAUUACGAGGAUCAAAUCCCGCUCAUUCGAACUACGAAAUCCAACGAAUGCCGGAUCUGGCAAGACCUCUUCGUUGCAGGUCCCUGCCACCUCCCCAUUUACGUCGCCUAACGUACCGGCCGCCUCCAAAUAAGCCUGAUAAAGCCUGAAUAAUCAAUAGUAAUAUAACUCGUAUGCAACGCUCAUCUAACUAACUCUCUUGAGACCUAGCCUUUUCUCACAAAUGCCUUCAACGUUGUGAAGACCAUCGAGGUGGUGUCCGGUGUCGGCCGUGCGUAGCAUCAGCAUCUUUAUUAGUGGUAAUAUAUAUUUAUAUGAUACAUAUAUAUAUAUAUAUUUUUUUUUCAAUCUUUCUUCGAACGAGGUUCGAGAAGUGGACAGUAGAUCCAGUCCCGAAAUCGUGGCCAAUAUAAAGACCUUGAUAUGAUCCUGUUCCUUUGGCAGGUACUCAAAGACCGUUAUUUGGCUUUUUCGUUCGACAUUUCUUGUUAAGUUCAGGUAGUGGAUUAGAACAGGGAGACUUCAAUCGAUGCCCUUCGAGAAUUAAGCUGAAGAUAAUACUUAAAAAAUCCUCAGUAACUCGAAGCAAUUACGCAAUACGGAUUUCAGAGUAAACCUCAGGGUUGGUUGGUCAAGCUCUUAGACAUUGCAAGACUAAUUUUACACUAAUUGACAAAAAAAAAAGUUACAAAGUUUCUUUAGAAGGUGCCGACAAUGUGAUUCUAAGAAUAGUAUCAUUCAGUUGCUGCAAACUAUAAACAGUCUGUGGAGUGGCUCUAUGUUAUACAUUGAUUGCCAACUGAUUAAAUGACCUCACUCAUGUAACGAAAUUCGACAGCUAAACGCUACAUCAUAACUAUUAAUUGACUUUCAGAUACUAUUUAAAGCUAACAUAAUGUAACUGUGAAUGAAACUUACAAAGAUCAAGUUAUUUUAAUAGAAACUUAAGAACUAUAAUAGAUACUGCCCACAGGCUAGCCGCCCUUAACGAAGGGCGACGCCCUGAAUAAAACUUAAAUACCUGCCGAACUAAAAUUUAAUCAACAACUAAGCACCAUGCGCGCAUUCUAUAUAGCUAAACAUAUUGAUCGAGCAAAAUUUUAAAAUACAUAUAAACCACGUUUUAAUAUUAAACCAUUAUUUCGUUGACAUCUUGACUCAUUUUGUGAGAAGAUAAAGAACAUCAUCACUCUUGACAAUGCACCCUGUUUAUUAUAUUAGCAGCUAAUUUAUUAAGAAAAAAAAAUGCUUGGUAUCUGUGUUUAGCGGUUUUUUUCUUGGAAGCUUGCUAAAGCCACUGUGUUAUGAUUCUAUGAUAUAUUUGCGCCUUGCCAGUGACAGCGGUUGGCCUGCUGGCACCCGCUGCCUUCUUAAUAAUAUCGAUAACACUCCUAAUCACUUCGAUACCGUAGAUAUACACGUUCGUUAGUUGGUGAGGAAAUAAUCUUGAGGUGAUUCUGCUCGUGAAAAACGAUGUAAAACUGCCAUUAGAAUUAGAGAAAACAGAUAGAGCGUAAAACACGAUCCGACAACAGCCUCAUGAUGGAGGUCUGUCUCACCUACAAGACUAAAUAGGGCUUUUCCACAUAAAAUAAUAUAUAGCUUAGCUAUAGAUGGGACGUUUUUACCUGACCUAUAAGUGGAACACAUGUAUAAAUUCCUUUGAUUUUAUAACAAGGAACAAAAAAUGGAGGACGACAGGUUUUGAUGAGAAUCAUGCCUUAUUUAAUUAUAAUAACAAAAAUAAUACUAAUAAUAAUAAUCUAGUUGUUUAUAUUUUUAAGGUACUCGACAUUAUUUUUUGCCUAUAUAUGCGAAAUGAGUAAAUAUUGCAUGUAUAUAUGUCGCUAUUGUUAUACUGACAAACACUAUGUCGGUUGAGCCUGUAAAGUUCUUAAUUAUAUACCUGCAUAUACUUUGAAAUAAAAAAUCACUGCUUUGUUAGUAUAUGAUUUUUGA